AUGAAAUCCAAAAAGGGGCAAAAUUUAAUAAAACACAAUUUAAUAUCUGAAGAAUUUCUUAUUGUCAACAAUAACCCAACAAAUAAUAAUCUACAAAAUUCUUCUCCAAAUAUUAAUGUAAGACCCAAAAGUUUGGAAAGAGAAGACACUUAUAUUGAAACUGUUAAUUUAACUUCUGAUUCAAACAAAGAAAGGUCAAUUCAUCAAAUUGUUAAUUUAUUACAACAACCAGAAAAAAGACAACAUCCACAAUUGCUUCGCCAAACAGUCUCUUUCGACGACCACCUAGGAUUUCUUUCUCCAUUCUCUUCAGACUCAAGAAAUACAUUAUAUGAUAAAAAUUUAAUAGGAUUUGAUCAAUUUGACGAUCCAAUGAUUGGAGGAAAUAAUUAUGGAGAAGAAGAAUAUGGAAAUAAUUUAAAUUUAUGCCCUCCUUUAAUGACAACAGAAAAUGCUCCUUUACAUUUUCCCCAACAAACAAAUGAAUUAAUUAAAAAUGUAAAUUCUGAAGCUGAAAAACAGACAGGAUGUAUUCAAGAACACGAAGGCAUCACCAUCAUGGAUCACCCUGAACAAAAAGAAUUUCAAGAAAAAACUUUUUGGCAAUUAAGUACUAAUAAGCACUUAACUAGUGUAAAUGACUCCCCACCACCACUCCCUCCAAUUUCCUCAAAAUUACCCAACAAAAAUAAUUAUUUAUUAAGUUAUGAAGAAAGGACCGUCAAGCAGGAAUUAUCAGCUUCUAAUACGGAUGAAAUACAAAAUUAUAAUAAUACUGGGGAAGCUGCUAUAUUAGCUAAACAAGAGUUCCUUCAAUUAUUGCUGCAAAUAACGCCAGAAGAGGUGUAUUUAAUUGUCAGAAUUUUAAUUAAUAAAUAUGGGAAAUUCUGA